UUUCCUACAGCGGGCUGCUCCUAAAACCCGGAGCAGCUGAGUGGUCUCAGCGGACAGUCCUCCUAGGGGCGAAGCCAGGCGGCUUGGGCAUGCUCAGUAGCUGGGAGAGGUUUGGGAGGAGAGUAAAAAGCUUUGACUCUGCCCCCACCCCCUCCUCUAGCCCCCGCCCCCCUUGCCCCUUCCCAGCCGUAGUAGUUCCCUGGCGUGCGCCCGUGGAGAGCAGGAACAUGGCGCUUGGAGCGAUAUAACAGAUGUAGCAGCAGCGGAGAAGCAGAUGAGGUACCGCGACUUCUCUGCUGACAGCCAGCCACCAGUAGAGAAGGUUUGCAGUGCCAGAGAUGAUACAGUGAAGAAUAGGCUUCCCUCCAGGCUGGCUCUUCAGCCACUAGCACUUUCUCAACCUUGCUACAGCCUCAGCAUUUGUAAAUUUGUAGAAAUACACUGUGGUGAAAUGCUUCUGUCUGUUGCCAAAAUGAACACUGAAGAAAAAUGAAGAAAACUGAAGAACACCAACAAAAAGUUUGCACAACAGAAGUAGCCAAACUCUUCUGGAAUCUUUAAUUCGUCCCCGGCCUUCGUAAAACAAAAAGUUUUUACAUCAUGUUUGGGAAGAAAAAGAAAAAGAUCGAAAUAUCUGGCCCAUCCAACUUUGAACACAGGGUUCAUACUGGAUUUGAUCCACAAGAGCAGAAGUUUACUGGCCUUCCCCAGCAGUGGCACAGCCUGUUAGCAGACACAGCCAACAGGCCCAAGCCCAUGGUGGACCCAUCAUGCAUCACACCCAUACAGCUGGCUCCCAUGAAGACAAUCGUCAGAGGAAAUAAAUCCUGCAAGGAAACCUCUAUCAAUGGUCUGCUAGAGGAUUUUGACAACAUCUCCGUGACUCGCUCCAACUCUCUAAGGAAAGAAAGCCCACCCACCCCAGAUCAGGGAGCAGCUAGCCGCAUUCAAGGCCACUCGGAAGAGAACGGCUUCAUCACUUUCUCACAAUAUUCCAGUGAAUCCGAUACGACUGCGGACUACACAACUGAAAAGUACAGAGACAGGAGUCUCUAUGGAGAUGACCUGGAUCUGUACUAUAAAAGCAGCCAUGCAGCCAAGCAAAAUGGGCAUGCCAUGAAGAUGAAACAUGGAGACGCUUACUACCCUGAGAUGAAGUCUUUGAAAACCGACCUGGCCGGAUUCCCUGUCGACUAUCACACCCACUUGGACUCUCUGAGAAAAUCAAGUGAAUAUGGUGACCUUAGGUGGGAUUAUCAGAGAGCCUCUAGUAGCUCCCCUCUGGACUACUCAUUCCAGCUCACGCCUUCUAGAACUGCAGGGACCAGCAGGUGCUCCAAGGAGAGUCUGGCAUACAGUGAAAGUGAUUGGGGACCCAGCCUGGAUGACUAUGACAGGAGGCCAAAAUCAUCAUACCUGCAUCAGACGAGCCCUCAGCCAGCCAUGCGCCAGAGAUCCAAGUCCGGCUCAGGGCUUCAGGAACCCAUGAUGCCAUUUGGAGCAAGUGCAUUUAAAACUCAUCCUCAAGGACACUCGUACAACUCCUACACCUACCCUCGAUUGUCCGAGCCCACAAUGUGCAUUCCAAAGGUGGAUUACGAUCGAGCACAGAUGGUCUUCAGUCCUCCACUGUCAGGGUCCGACACUUACCCCAGAGGCCCCACCAAACUACCUCAAAGUCAAAGCAAAGCAGGCUACUCUUCAGGCAGCCACCAGUACCCUUCUGGGUACCACAAAGCAUCUCUAUACCACCAUCCAUCCCUGCAAACCAGUUCUCAGUACAUCUCCACCGCUUCUUACUUAAGCUCUCUCAGUAUCUCCUCGAGCACCUACCCUCCACCUAGCUGGGGCUCCUCCUCAGACCAGCAGCCCUCAAGGGUAUCCCAUGAACAAUUCCGAGCUGCCCUGCAACUGGUGGUCAGCCCAGGAGACCCCAGGGAAUAUUUGGAUAACUUUAUUAAAAUCGGAGAAGGGUCGACAGGCAUCGUGUGCAUUGCAACAGAGAAACACACAGGCAAGCAAGUGGCAGUGAAGAAAAUGGACCUCCGAAAGCAGCAGAGACGGGAACUCCUUUUUAAUGAGGUCGUGAUAAUGCGUGAUUACCACCAUGACAACGUAGUUGACAUGUACAACAGCUACCUUGUUGGAGAUGAGCUCUGGGUGGUCAUGGAGUUUCUAGAAGGUGGUGCCUUGACAGACAUUGUCACUCAUACCAGAAUGAAUGAAGAGCAGAUAGCUACUGUCUGCCUGUCAGUUCUGAAAGCUCUGUCCUACCUUCAUAACCAAGGAGUGAUUCACAGGGACAUAAAGAGUGACUCCAUUCUUCUGACAAGCGAUGGCCGGAUAAAGUUAUCUGACUUUGGUUUCUGUGCUCAAGUUUCCAAAGAGGUGCCAAAGAGGAAGUCACUGGUGGGUACCCCAUACUGGAUGGCACCUGAGGUGAUUUCCAGGCUACCUUAUGGGACAGAGGUGGACAUCUGGUCCCUCGGGAUAAUGGUGAUAGAGAUGAUUGAUGGGGAGCCCCCCUAUUUCAAUGAGCCUCCUCUGCAGGCCAUGAGGAGGAUCCGGGACAGUUUACCUCCAAGAGUGAAGGACCUACACAAGGUUUCUUCCAUGCUCCGAGGAUUCCUAGAUCUUAUGUUGGUGAGGGAGCCCUCUCAAAGAGCCACAGCUCAAGAACUCCUUGGACAUCCAUUCUUAAAAUUGGCAGGUCCACCAUCUUGCAUUGUUCCUCUCAUGAGACAAUACAGACAUCACUGAGAGGAUUCACACAGGAUGCAAAGCUAGGCAAAGACAUGAGAAUGAUUCAGGAGAACAUGAGGAAACCCACAGAACAUGCAAAGACCUGUGCUUUCUAAACCAGCUGAUUGGUGGAACAGUGUGAUGACCUGACCGGCAGGGUUCGACAGACCAGGGCAUCUUCUAGUGUCUUAAAUAAUAGGCAUCUCUCCACUGACAGCUGGCAUGGUCAUUUGGAGCAUGGCUUUAAUUAAUAAGUCAUUAUUAUACAUUUUCAGCCCUUCCAGUAAAUCAGAAGGACUCAGUACAAACUCCGUUACGAUAUAUCCUAGCCACAUGCAGGGUACCACAUAGGAUUUUCUAUAUUGAAAGAAUACUUUUCUGGCAAAAUAAAAAAAAAAAAGAUAAAGAAAGGAAGAAAAGAAAAUAAAAAGCACUUUUUUUCUUAAUGGUAGCAGUGUAAUGUAUUUUGCAAUGAAUUUGUAACUUUUCUGUACGAUAGUUUUGAUAAUUUAUAGUACUUUGAUGUCACGUAGCCAUUGUCUCGGUUGAAGUAACACUUGUUUACUAGCAGGAGUUUGAACAAAGCCUUUCCUACUUUUUUAUCCCUUUCAGAGAACCAACGAUUCUUUAGGAACUUUGAAUACUAAAUGACCCUCAGUCACCGUCAGCUUUAGCAGAAUAUCUUUCUUAUCUUAACAAGUGUCUUAUGUAGUGGAAGAAGAGUUAGGAGGGAUGGUGAUGGUGCGGACACUUCGCUUACCCAGCCAAAUAUAACAAAAUAAAAUUUGAGCCACAGAAUCGCCAAACGAUUCCUUGAGAUAAUGCUAAGUAUUUUGAAAAAUUACAUUUCCUUCAAGGAUUCUGGGAACACCCCAUUGGUUUUUUUUGUAGAGCAAGAUAUUUCCCUUGAUGCCCACCUUCAAAUAGGCAUGGCAUCCUCAGUGGCCAAAUUUCCCUCCCAGGGAGUAAUUUUAGCGCUGGGAUCUUUGGACUCAGAUCUCCAGGUAGAAUGUUUCAGUGAGACCAUGGAAAUACCAGGCUCACAAAGGGAGAAUGAACAAGGCAAGUUGUUUGGUUUUGUCCGUCACUGUUUCUAAGACUUUGUAUGCUAGCACACCAAACUCUUGUCUGUAUUUACCUUCAUGCCACAGUAUUUAUCACUGUUAUUCAUGUAUUGUGCGGAAAGUCUGAACGGAUGAUAGAGGAUGAAUUAGCAAGGGGGUACUUUACCAAGUAUGGUCUAACUUCAGUGGUGACCAUGUUAUAAUGUGUUUCUGACAUAAGGAGAGUUGUGCUGCUGUCUCGAUCUUCCUGAAUGUUGAUAAAAAUGAAUGACUACUACAAUACAUUUUGUGUUGCUUGUUGGAUGAAUUUGCAUGUUAACUGUAGGCCAGUAUAGAUUUGCCUUUAAAACUCUGGAAGCGCUACAUAGUCAUCAUUAGUUUCUAUUAAUUAUGCAUCAGACAAAAGCCAUUUGUUACCAAACUGGAAAACCAGAGGCUUUAUUUAAUGACUUUGCAUACUGUAACAAAUAUGAAAAUAUAUUUGUGAAGAUACUCUGGUUGCUCUAAGCAUAAUUAAGAAUUUUUUGUAAUUAAUAGGUUGAUAAUUAUUUAUUUUAAUUUAAAAGGAAAAAAGGCAUAAAAUGACCUUCUGCUGAUUAGCUGUUCAAUUUUUCCCCAAACUGGAAAUGCUCUACAAUAAAUAGAAUCUAUAACUUUGUUUUAUAAAACACAGAAGAUCAAUGUUUUAUGAAAACUGUUAAGAUCUUAAUACAAAUAUGUGAGAGUAACGGCAAUCUCAAUUCCCAAAAUGGUAGUCCUAAAAUGUCACAAAAAAGUGUCAUAAUUCAACCAGGACUAUGUAGGGGAGGAAAGAGAGUAAACCAGAAUCAUUUUAAACCAGAAUCAACAUUGAAAAAUUCAUUGCAAACUCUGCAGAAAUAACAGAUUUUGGACUCAAACAAAUUUCGACGGUGUAAUGGAAAAAAAUUUUUUUUCUGUAAUUUUCUUAUCAUUGGGCAUUUUUUUACAGUAUUUGGUGAGUUUACUAAAUGUUACUGUAGCUUAAAGGAAUCUGUGAGCAGUGAGCAUUGGCAGAAGCUGCACCACAAAUAAAGUAAGUGUUUGCCUUUUUCCCACCGUGCUGUUG